UCCAUCAUGAUAAUCGUAUCAUGUAAAUCACAUAUUCGGAAUAUAUUUCUGAAUAUGCAAGUGUUGGAAUACUUUCGUGAAUCUAUACAGUACUUGAAAUAACGUUAAUUGCAGGAUUUCGAUUGCAACGUUUCACGAUUCGUCUAGAGAUUAGAUUUCUCUAGAUUAAAGAUCGUCACCGUGUAUUCUGACAAUUACGCGACACGUACGAUCAGCGGAUACGCGGUUCAUCGUUUGAUCUUCCGAUGUAAUUGCGAGCACAGUAAUUGACGCGCAGGCUAUUAAUGUGCGCAUGUACGAAACUCAUAAUCCCGGCUUUUGCUACCAUUGCACGGGCGCCAUAAAAAAAGGUGGCCAGACGAUGGAACAGGAGCAGGCGUCGAAAGAUUCCUACGAGUUCGUGCGUUCGAUAGUAUUCACCAGAGGCGAGGUAGAUCCUGAUAAAAUUCUUUGUCUCCAUCUACUAUCCGCUCACAGUACGAAAUGGAAAGGCAACGACGACUCCGCCGUAAGACCUGUUACACCUUUAAUGGAAAAAGCUAAAAACAAACACUUUUCUGGCGCAUGGAACAACGUCAUACCCUGUUACGUGGUGGACACUCAAGUAAUCUCAUCGGACACGAAGCUCCACGAAGAUCCACGGAAGAAGAUUUUAGAUGAUCAAGCGAUUCACGAGUUCGAGGAGAAAUAUAAGCAAUAUAUGAAGAACGACGCUGAUUUUGAGAGAGCUUUAUCGUCCAAUGCUAAACACACGCAGAGAAUAAUGUUACAGGGGAUUGAUAAGAUGCCCGCGAUUUCACCUCACGUCUACUCUUUACUUGGAGCCUCGCAUGAACUGCGGAUUAAACAAGCUCUUGCCGAAGGUAUAGUCAGGAGAAGACACGCUGGACCUAAUACAGAAUUAAACAAAUUGGACGAGAAUAGUUUGUCUUUUCGUCUCGAUGACGAUGACGAUCUUUCCAGUAGAACAACCACCAACUUAUCGACUAGAAAUUGGAUUGCCAAAUCGUAUAGUCCCUCGAGAAGGUCUACAAUUGGAUCCACGUUUAAAAUCAAUCGUGAAAUUACUAUGUUAAAGCCGAGACAGAGAAAGAAUCACGAUGCCAUGCCUAAAGAUCUUAUUGCUAUAAAAUCUAGUAUUAGAGCGAUGAAGGAAGCAUCUUCGAAAACUUCUAGCAUCAAAUCUCCUUUUCACAGCGUGUUUGGCAGUCGACAAUCCGCGAAUUCUCUCGUCUCAGCCACAUUAAAUCCAGAGAUGACAACUAAAAAAUAUAGAAAAUGUAUUUAUCUGAACACACCUGUUAAAUGCAUCGAACUUAGAAACAAAGAAUGUCAAAUCGUACCGAUUCUUGUGAAUUAUCAGCUGCAAGCGUUGGUGCAGACGGUGUUUGGAGUUCUUGAACGCGUGAAUCCUGAAAAAUCAAAGAAAAUAAUCGAUACUGCGAGAGAUAUGGAUGAGAUAAAUAAGAUGUUAUCGCGUCCGGAAAUACAAAAUUUUAUACAAUAUCUGUUGGGUCAAUCGUUGGUCUCGUCCGCAGAGAGUUUCGUAGUUUCAAUAGCAACAAUGACGAACGAGAUAGAUCUUCGAUUCGAUGGAAUUCUAGAAAAGGAGAUAAUCGCGUUGACUCUAGAAGUGCCGUCACUUCCAUCUCUGGAUGCUCUGAUUACCGAGAUACGAAAUAACAUUUUUCUCGAUAAUACAAGAAAGAAAUCCGAAGCAAGUAGAAAUACCGGUACGACAUCUUCGAAUCCAAAUAGAGGAAAAAUUGGAAAGAAAAGAGGUGCGAACAUAACAAACCUGAAAAAUUAUCCUAACCGGAAUAAGAGUAAAGAUUGCGGCAAAGAUGCGUUCGCACGUAACAAGUCGAAAGAAGAUAAUGUUAUGCAACUCUCGGAGACAAAGUGUGGAAACAGCCUGAGGAAAACGUCGAAGAUAAAAGCGGCCGACCAACCGAGAGUUUCAGGAAAUGUUCUCGCCAAACGUACUUCGAAUUCCAAAUCUUGGAAGAGUGCCCAGGAUCUCGGCCAUUUAGACGCAAAUCAUGUAAUAUUGCGAAGAAUGACGAACACUCAGAGAAUCUUAGUAGGACAAAUGUGUGCCUCUCUCAAGACCAAGAGAAUUAAUAAUCAAGGUUUAAUUGAUGAGAGCGUACCCCUUGCUGCACUAAUUGCUCCAGUCCUUUCACGCAAUAGCAUCAGAGUCUUGACACAAGGUACGGUAUUUUCAAACUGGAAUGCCACGAAUGAAGAAGAAAUAGACGAUAACAUUGUAGUUCCGGAUAAGUUGACUGGCCCUUUGCUUGCAAAGAUACGACAAAAUGUAGGAGAAAAUGAAACAAAACGACGUUUGGAAAGUUUUCUAAAAAAUGAAAUCGUAUAAACUAAAUAAAUCGAAUUAAUCAUUUUAUUCGCUUACGUACAUUUUGUAUCAAAAAAUUGUGAAUAUUUACCGAUUGGUAAUAGAAUUCGUACUUGUUUACGAAUAUAGCAAGUAGAUGGCACAAAAGUUGUUCGUGCAGUUCGUAGGCGACAUAAAUUUAAAAUUACAAAUAAACGGAAAAUGUGGGAUACGCUUCUUUUUAAUUCAUUAAACUUGUGUAAAGUAUAAAGCAAACUUUUCUAUUAUAAAUAAAAUGAUAAAAUUGUCGUGAA